CUCUCCCGUCCCGUCCCGUAUGCAGCAGUCUGCCUCAGCACCUUGCCAUACCAGUCCGAUAUGCCCUUGGAUACUACCGACACUCAUCUUGCAAGAAACUACUGUUGACGCACAGAGUAUAAACAUUAACCGAAGAAACCGGAGUGUACCUGGAUUGUCACUUUUGCACUGCGUCUAAGUCUGAAGGAUUUUUGUGUUUGUGCCGACUUCUUAAAACGACGUGUAUGGAUGUACCAUGGCUACGUUUUCAUGCAGGGUGCAGUUCUUAGAUGAUACUGAUCCAUUCAAUAGCACAAAUUUUCCCGAGCCGACCCGACCCCCGCAUUUCACAUUCAGAGAGGAUAUACCGCUCAUCAAUCAGAUCGCCGGAGUUCACAGACUUCUCAAAGCCCCACACAAGCUCGAUGAUUGUGCCCUACAGCUGUCCCAUAAUGGCAGCUAUCUGGACUUGGAAUCCACCUUGGACGAGCAGAAAGACGAACUUGAAGGCUUUCAGCUGGAUGGAGGGAGGGGAAAGAAACACAGUAUUGUCCUAAGAACGCAGCUGUCUGUCAGAGUUCAUGCCUGCAUAGAAAAGCUGUACAACUCGACCGGUCGUGACCUACGAAGAGCGCUGUUCUCUCUCAAGCAAAUCUUUCAGGAUGAUAAAGAUCUGGUUCAUGAGUUUGUGAUGGCUGAGGGACUCACCUGUCUCAUUAAAGUGGGAGCUGAAGCUGAUCAAAACUACCAGAACUACAUUCUCAGAGCUCUUGGACAGAUCAUGCUGUAUGUGGAUGGAAUGAAUGGACUCAUCAGACACAAUGAAACUGUGGAGUGGCUUUACACGUUGGUCGGAUCAAAGUUCCGGCUGGUGGUUAAAACCGCACUGAAGCUGUUGCUGGUUUUUGUGGAGUACACCGAGUCCAAUGCACCUCUCCUCAUCCAGGCCGUCAACACUGUGGACAGUAAGCAAGGCUGUAAGCCCUGGUCCAAUGCCAUGGAAAUCCUGGAUGAGAAGGAUGGGAUGGACACUGAACUGCUGGUCUACGCCAUGACCCUUAUUAACAAGACAUUGGCUGGUCUUCCUGACCAAGACUCGUUCUAUGACGUGGUUGACAGUCUGGAGGAACAGGGGAUGGAGGUCUUGGCCCAGAGGCACAUCAACAGAAAGGGCACAGACUUGGACCUGGUGGAGCAGUUUAACAUCUAUGAGGCAACUCUUCGUCAUGAGGAUAGUGAUGAAGAAGCUUCACCUCCUUCAUCUGGACACAAAAGCCGCCGUCGGGCCAGCGUUGGGGCCACACCUGAGAGGCGGGGCUUAGAACGACGACGCAGCCGAAGACACUCGCUCCAAAAUGGGAAAGGCCACACAUCUGCUCCCACAUCCCCCUGCCACAGCCACACACCCCAUAUCGUGCCCUUUAAUGGCCAGAGGAUAGAAAACAUCACAGAAAGAGAGGAGGAAGAGGAGGAGGAGAAGGAACUCUCUAGACAGGCAUCUGAAAGUAAUGGCUAUGCAGGUACGUACCCUGGCAGGUCAUCUGGGGUGUCUAGCGCCCCCUCCACUCACCACAAUCGCUUCGGCCCAACUGCAGACAGUAAACCUGACAGACCGCAUCUGGGUGGUUUACUGACCUCCUCUUACAGGCAACACCAGGAUUCUCUGAAUGCAGAACGAGAGCGCAGACGCAUGGAGAGAGAGGAAAGACUUCAAAGGAUUGAAAGAGAGGAAAGAAACCGUUUCAAUCGGGAUUAUGUGGACAAGAGAGAGGAAGUCCGGCAAGCUCGAGAAGAGAGAUACAAGCAGAUAGAACGUGUGUCAGCGGAUGAGAAAGAACGGGAACGAGCAAGGUCAGCGCCACGGGGGCGGACAGAAAUCACCCUCAGUCUCAGUUCUCGAACAUCCAGCAGCUCCUUGCCCCGUACUGCCGCUCCUCUGACCGUAGAGUCUCGAGAGGAGAAAUGCUCUGUCCCACAUCCAACACGAGGAGCUGAUUCAGAGUCGAGACGCCCUGUGCAGGCGGCAGUUGCGUGGCCUGCCUCAGAGCCUCCCUCUGCCUCCACGCCUGCCUCUGGGUCGCCCUCUAAACCACGAGAGGAGGAACAGAGUCCCUUGGAGCUGGCGGAUAUCACGCUCUCCUUGUCCCAGACGAGCACAGAGGCAAAGAGAGCUGAGAAAGAGAUGACGACAGAAGGUGCUGAGGAAGAAGAGUCUGAGGAAAUGGUAAUUGUAAAGGAGGAGGAAAGAAAGGAUGAAGAACCAAAAGGAAACUGUGAGGAGGAAUCUAGCAGAACAGCAGGUACAGAGGAGAGACAGCAGUUGUUAGAAGAGAGCGCUGUCCUGAGUGAGAAAGAGCGACAGAAUGAAGAACUGAAUGAGAAAGAUAACUGCUCCGCCUCCAGCAUCUCUUCAGCAAGCAGCACUCUUGAGAGAGAGGAACGGGAGGAGAAACUUGUCGGCGACAGUGACUCAGGCCAGUGGGCGGACUGUAUAAAUACAGCAGGCAUCAAUGAACCAUGCAGAACAGUUCUCAACAGCAAACGCUUCAUGCUGGACAUGCUCUACUCGCGAAACGAAAAACCAGCAGAGGAAGAGGAGAAGGAGAAAGAGCAGGAGAAUGAGAAAGAGCAUUCCGGUCAGGAGUCUUCUGUUAGUAGCCUUGCUAUUCGCAUUUCCACAUUGGAGGCGCGUCGGCAGGCGGGCGAGGAGAACAUGAAGAAGAUGGAAGUGGAACAUCUGGACAACCAGGGUAACGUGCGAGCCGUAGCCGAGAAAUUUGGAGAUUUGGUGAAAGGACUGGCAUCACCUCAUGAGAUGGAGCAUCUUGGGAAGGAAAAACAGCCGCCGCAGGAGAAGCCUCCACCGGCUCCUUCACCGACACCCCCCAAAAAGGAGUCUGACCACAUAUGGGACCAGCUGAUGGCCAAGCCACGUGAGCUUCGCAUUAAAGAGUUGGACUUCACGGACUUGAGGGAGGAGGACGAUGUGGACAUUUUGGAUGUUGGUAAUGUAAUUGGGUCUGGUGACCUCACGCCACCUCCUCCCCCACCUCCCUGCUUACCCAAUCUUCCUCCCCCACCACCUUUGUUUGGAUGCCCCCCACCUCCACCCAUCCCUGGCAUGAUGAUGCCCCCUCCGCCACCCUUUUUGGUGGCUCCCCCACAUCUUGGAUCUCCUCAGCUUAGUCGAGGAGAUCCCCCACUCUUCCAGAAGAAGAAAAAGACCAUCCGGCUGUUUUGGAAUGAGGUGAGACCUGUAGACUGGCAAUGCAACAACCAAAAGAAAUGCAGAGAGUCACUGUGGUCCAAAUUGGAUCCCAUUAAACUGGACACGGCGAAACUGGAAAACCUCUUUGAAACUAAAUCCAAGGAGCUGCCAGUUACAAAGAAAACUGCAGCAGAUGGAAAGCGUCAGGAGAUCAUCGUUCUAGACUCCAAAAGAAGUAACGCCAUCAACAUCGGCCUGACGGUCCUGCCUCCACCUCGGACUAUUAAAACAGCCAUCCUAAACUUUGAUGAGUACGCCCUGAGCAAAGAGGGUAUAGAGAAGAUCUUGACGAUGAUUCCCACAGAUGAGGAAACACAGAAGAUUCAAGAGGCCCAGCUGGCAAACCCAGACACUCCACUGGGCAGCGCUGAGCAGUUUCUCCUUAUUCUCUCGUCUAUCAGUGAGCUGUCUGCCCGCCUGCAACUCUGGGCCUUUAAGAUGGACUAUGAGGCUUUAGAGAAGGAAGUAGCAGAGCCACUACAGGACCUAAAGGAGGGCAUGGAUCAAUUAGAAAAGAAUAAGACGCUACGCCACAUCCUUUCAACUCUUCUGGCUAUUGGCAACUUUCUCAAUGGGACCAAUGCUAAAGGUUUCGAGCUGAGUUACCUAGAAAAAGUUCCUGAGGUAAAGGACACGGUUCACAAACAGUCUCUGCUCCAUCACGUCUGCUCCAUUGUGGUAGAGAAGUUUCCGGACGGUUCAGACCUCUACUCUGAGAUCGGAGCCAUCACCCGCUCCGCUAAGGUUGAUUUUGACCAGCUACAAGAAAACCUGUGUCAGAUGGAGCGUCGCUGCAAAGCAUCCUGGGACCACCUGAAGGUGAUCACCAAAUAUGAAAUGAAACCGGCCCUUAAGCAGCGCAUGUCCGACUUCCUAAAAGACUGCGCAGAGAGGAUCAUCAUUCUUAAAAUCGUCCAUCGGCGCAUCAUAAACAGGUUUCAUUCCUUCCUGUUAUUCCUGGGCCACCCGCCAUACGCUGUUAGAGAGGUCAGCAUCCACCGCUUCAGUAAGAUCCUGAGUGAGUUUGCACUUGAGUACCGCACCACCAGAGAGCGUGUGCUGCAGCAGAAACAGAAAAGAGCCACUCAUCGCGAGAGGAACAAGACUCGCGGCAAAAUGAUCACAGAUAGUGAGGAGGAAGACGAUAAUGAGAGUGGGAAAUUUGCAGGCACUUCUUUGGAUGGCCAGGAGCCUCAGCCGCAGGGUUUGGGUUACACUGAAGAUGCAGCUGAACAUGAGCAGAUGACUGCAGUACUUCGUACCAGCCUGCAGGGCGGCGACAGUUCCUCCUCUAUACUCCCAGGUCUACGCACACGAACUCGAGCCAGUCGAGGCCAUACAGCACUUUUGUCUGCUGCGAAUGAAGACGUUUCUAACUGCGGAAACGACACAGCGGAUGAAAUCAUGGAACGUAUCGUGAAAUCAGCCACUCAGGGCCCCAGUCAGCGCAUUCAGCCACGCGAGAGGAGACGCUCCCGAGCCAACCGUAAAUCCUUGAGAAGAACACUGAAGAACGGACUCACAGCAGAAGAAGCACAGGCACUGGGAUUGGCCACAGGCUCGGAGAUGCAGGUGUGAGACGGCAGUCGCUCAGGGUCUUGGCACACAUCAUCUGGAUAAAGGACACUUCAGCUUGUGUUUGCUUUGAUUUGAAUCUUGCAGCAGGUGCAUGUUUCUGGAUGUUUUACAAUGGUUAUCGCUGUGGACGAACUAAUUCUCACGGAUGAAAGGGAUUAUAAUCACUAACCCAUCAUAAUAUAUUUAAACUGGGACAUGUAGUCAACCCUUGCAGCAAUAACUGGCUUCAUCGUCAUUUGCAUUACGUCCCAAGGCGGAAGCCAAGUGCACACUGUGUGAUUUUGGCCAAAUGGAAAAUCAUUUGAAUCUCAGACUCUUACGAAGUUCUGACAGUGUCCGAAAUUUUGGGUCACAGUGUGACUGCUCCCCUGGCGGACAUUUAAUGAAGAAUCAAUAAGAGCACAUUGAUUUAUGAUUGAGCUUCAGAUGGCUCAUUUUUUAAUUCGACCCGACUGUUGGAAAAUCACACAGUGUGCACUUGGUUUAUAAAACUCAUUAAUUUCACUCAGGUGCAACUGUUCCUACUUACGAGCGCUACGUACCUGUGGACUGAUAUCCCAAACAAGCAUUUCAUGCUUUCAUUUAUUUCAAAGAGAACAAGCACAGUUGUUGAUGCACAAUGUUUGUAGAUGCGUCUGCAGACCCUGAUUGUCAUCCAGUACAGAGACAAAUGGCUCCCAUGUCUCUUACCGCCGUGGCCUUCAGAAUGAACCCAAAGAACUGCUUUGAAGAUGACCGGAUCCUCCACAACUUCUUUCUACUGGAUGUUUGCUCAAAUACAGAUGGCAUUGAUCAGUAGCACCUUCCGAAUUUAAAUCAAAUGUAAAUCAGGGGUGAUAAAACUCCUUGAUAAAACUGCAUUUUGUUUGUUUCCUUAGCUUUUUAUUUACACUUUAAAUGUAGCCUGAUUUUGAACAGCAGUUUGAAUCUUCAUAGACCACAUUCACUGUUAUUGCAUUUCUUCAUUUAUGCUGCAAGUCUUCUGGUGUGAUCAAACUUGUUUCAUCUAAUUGUCAAAUUACUUGCACACAAAUGAGAGGAAACUAGAAAGUCCUGUUUUUUUCAUUUUCCUUCUAAUUUUAGUAAGUUCCGUGUACAUUAUCUGUUAAAAUUGGAUGCAAUACGAUCAUCUCAAAUAUCAUUUAAGAUGCAAAAGUAGACAAUCGUCUAGUUAAAUGAAAAGGCUGGUUAUGUUUGUUCAGUGACAGAGACAGUAUUUUAACAAACACGUGCCUUGAAGAAAUGUUAUGUGAGGAUUUGAAUACUGUUCACUUAGAUUGGUAUCCCAGACAGCAGACGACUCCGGGCCGGAUCCGCGCCAAAGUAAGCAGUUCGGGUGCGGAUCCGGCGCAGAGUGCUCUGCUAUCUGGGAUUUUAAUGUAGCCAGAAAACAUUGCAGAAAACAUCAUUAAAUUAAAGGUUUGAGGUUUAUUUUAUAGAUGAUUUACCCCAGAGACGCCCGAUGUGUGUGAUCGUAGUACCAUUCAGCACCUUAUCAUGUGUAGCAUGCAAUUUCGAAAGGAAUUGGAAAAUUGAGUCUGUAGUUUUUUUCACCUUUCCCUCAGAUUUUUUUUCUGAGUAUUGUUAUGUGGAUAAGAGUUUAGAUAUGUGUAAUGUAGAGGCUGAACAUGACAGAUGCUGUAAAAUUGUGUAAAUGUCACUUAAACGUUUUUAAUUUUUGUGUUGUGUUGAUGUUUUGUAUAGAAUAGUGUAUUAUAGAUCAAAAGCAGUGUUAUUCUGUGAAAAUUCUAAUUUAAGAGCCAUGCAUGGUUUCAACAAUAACAAAAUUAUCAGCAGGUGCGCCUGUCGUCAUUAUUUUGGGAGAUUUAAGCUUUUAUUUUGACAUGUUUUAUGCGUUUACGCAGCACCCAUCUGCUCUGCACUCCUGCGCAAAUGGCCUUUGAUAAUAUUGCACUCGCAUACAGAGUUUCACCCGAUCUGCUACAAGUGCCAUAAAUGUUGGUAUUGGAUUAUCUUGAAUGUGAAAAUUUGACUUCCAAAUUCCAAAAGGAGCAAAGCAUUUACUGUACUUUGCAAUAAAAAGCUUUCAAAGCAGCACCUGAACGCUGUGGACCGUUUUAUUUCCUGGAAAUAGUGUAAUUGAGUAUGAACAGUCACACCUUUAAGUUUAAAUGGAGUUUGUUAAACAAAAGUUCACGUAAUUGUGAUGACAUCAUUAAACCUGAUUGUUAUUAAGUAGGGAUGCAUAACGAUUAAUCUAUAGCAGAAUAAAAGUUUUUGUUUACAUCAUAUGUGUGUG